GCGCGGGCGGGGUAAGAUGGCGGAACUGGGGAAGAAGUACUGCGUGUACUGCCUGGCCGAGGUGAGCCCGCUGCGCUUCCGCUGCACCGAGUGCGCCGACAUCGAGCUCUGCCCCGAGUGCUUCUCGGCGGGCGCCGAGAUCGGCCCGCACCGCCGAUGGCACGGAUACCAGCUGGUGGACGGCGGCCGCUUCACCCUCUGGGGCGCCGAGGCCGAGGGCGGCUGGAGCAGCCGCGAGGAGCAGCUGCUGCUGGACGCGAUCGAGCAGUUCGGCUUCGGCAACUGGGAGGACAUGGCAGCUCACGUGGGAGCAUCCCGAACACCUCAGGAGGUGAUGGAACACUACGUGAGCAUGUAUAUCCACGGCAACCUGGGAAAAGCCUGCAUCCCUGACACCAUUCCCAACAGGGUGACGGACCACACGUGUCCCAGCGGCGGCCCGCUGUCCCCCAGCCUGACGACGCCGCUGCCGCCGCUGGACAUCUCGGUGGCGGAGCAGCAGCAGCUGGGCUACAUGCCGCUGCGCGACGACUACGAGAUCGAGUACGACCAGGACGCCGAGACGCUCAUCAGCGGCCUCUCGGUCAACUACGACGACGACGACGUGGAAAUCGAGUUAAAGAGAGCUCACGUGGACAUGUACGUGAGGAAACUCAAGGAGAGGCAGCGGCGGAAGAACAUCGCGCGAGACUAUAAUUUGGUGCCGGCCUUCCUGGGGAAGGAUAAAAAAGACAAGGAGAAAGCUCCCAAACGAAAGAUCACAAAAGAAGAGAAGGAGUUGAGGCUGAAACUUAGGCCCUUGUACCAGUUCAUGUCUUGUAAGGAGUUUGAAGACUUCUUUGAGAACAUGCACAAGGAGAGGAUACUUCGAGCAAAGAUUCGGGAGCUGCAGCGGUAUCGGAGAAAUGGGAUCACCAAAAUGGAGGAGUCGGCAGAGUACGAGGCGGCCAGGCACAAACGGGAAAAGAGGAAGGAGAACAAGAACAUAGCUAGUUCCAAGAGAGGGAAGGAAGAGGGUAAAGAAGGUGAAUUUGCUGCCAUUGAAAACCUGCCUGGCUUUGAACUCUUAUCGGACAGGGAAAAGGUGCUCUGCAGCUCUCUGAACUUGAGUCCUGCACGUUAUGUGACUGUAAAAACUAUCAUCAUUAAAGACCAUCUCCAAAAAAGACAAGGAAUUCCUUCAAAGAGUCGCCUUCCUAGUUACUUAGAUAAGGUACUGAAGAAAAGGAUUUUAAACUUUUUGACAGAAAGUGGUUGGAUAUCCAGGGAUGCUUCAUGAAAUUCAGCUGAUCUGAAAAAGCACAGCAGAUGCCCAUUACAGCCUCAAGGACUUUGUUAUUUUUUCCUUCCCUCCCCAAAGAUACAGAAACCAUGUCGCUUAAAAACACAAAAGAGCAAAUACAUAACCCCCCCCAGUCAUCAUGAUCCAUGGUGGUUCAAAUAGACUGUUGCUUUGGAUCAUGGAAAAUACUUAAUUGUGAAACUUCUACAUUGGAUUUCACUGCUUUUGGUACAUUAUUAGAACAGAUUUUUUCUUGUGAACUUACUCGAGUCCGGUAGUCCCAGAGUAGUUGCUUUAGUCCGUACUAUUGGAUAAAUGAAUAUCAGUGUAAUCCUUGCUUUUCUUUGAAGGUAGGAGAUAGUUUCAAUUGCUGGAAACUUUCUUCACCCUCUUUUGUUUUUUUUGUCGCAUAAUGCUGGCAGCAAAGUGAAGCUUACAAAAGUCCUGUGCUCGGGAGCAGGUGAGCAGGGACUUCUGUGACCGUUGCUAAGCUUUUGGAACAUUCUCCUUAGUAACUUUUAGUAACUUAGUAACAGCCAAGGCGUGGGGACACCGGGAUGAGAGUUCCUGUCGAGAGUACAGCAGGGGUGAGCCGUGGCAGGGAGAGGAAGGAAGGAAAGGAAGGAAGGAAAGGAAAGAAGGAAAGAAAGAAGGAAGGAAGGAAAUGUGGUAGGUGAGAUGCCUCCAGGGACUUGUGCUGUGGAGGGGGGUUCUUGAAGAGCUCCCAGCUAAUCUGGGCAUUGCUUUGACCUGAGUUUCCUGAAACAGGCGCCUCUGAAGCUUUGACAUUUCCUGCUUGGUACUGGAGUGUCAGGAAUCCCCAGCAGCUGUGGUGCUCUGCUCCAGAGGAGGGGUCAGCUACAAUGAGGUACCAAAUUUGGGCCAGAAAUGGGGUUUGGGAGAACAGGCAGUGAGGUGUUUAGCAAAAGCUGAGAGCCUCAGGUAGCAAAAUCACUGUCCUUCCUUGUUGGGGGAGCCUGCUCCUCCUCCUUUGGGAUCUUAACUGCUGAGCUCAUACGGGCUGAGGAGGUGUAGCUGCCUCCUGAAUUUCGUUGGGAAGUCAGGGAAAGGGAGCAAGAUUCUCAAAUGGAGCCUGAUCACCAAGAUUGGUCUUUAAAAACAGAAAUAACAAUUGAUACAGAUUUGGUCAAAAUGCACAAAGUGUUCCUAAAUUUGGAGUGCUUAAUCCAGCCACUGUAGGGUUCUCAUUGCACAUACCUUGAAAGGUACUGGCCCAGGCACCUUGAAUCUGAAUUUACUGACAAGUAGAAGAACACUGCACCUUGGGAGGGAUCUCCUCCAGUUCUUACAGUUGCAGCCUGGAGUGUGCUGGAGCCAGGCACCAGCUGGGAUGUAACACAGUGGGAAACACAAAUGUCAGACCCACAGUACUGUUCCAGUAAGAUCUAUUAAUUAAGGGAAAGAUGUUGAAGGAGGAUUAGAAAAAGAUUUUUGUGCCCAUUUCAUCCUUCAAUUCCCAUGCUGGUAUUUAAUCAAAUUAAUAAGAAAUGGUGGUUUCCACGUGGAAGAUGCAAAAUUACUUGUGCAUAAGCCUCUCUGCUGGUCAUGUCUGGAGCAGGAAGCUGUGACUGGAGGCAGGCUGGGCAGGUCUUCUAGAGUGCAGGUGUACCAAAACUUGGAACCUGACUGGCUUCAAUAUGAGUGCAAGAUAUGGAAAUGUCAUCUUGCUUUGACCCUUUGGGCUGUAGUCAGUGACGAUACCACAAAAUCCAAAACCAGUAUUAAUUCUACAGUUUGGUAGAGGCAUUCUGAUUAGAACUGGGUUUCAUUUAAUACAUCCAGCAUUACCAAGCUAGUGUUACCAGUGAGUUUAGAAUAAUAGGGGUACAAUUACAAAGCCAGCAUUUCUAAGGAAAAAAACCAAAACUCGAGUGCCUUUUUCUUUUGAGCUUAUAAUGUUAUGUCCCUUCAAAAAAGGUAAGGGCUAUGUCCUCUGGGAUGUAAUACUUUGGCUUAUCUUUUAAGUGGUUUGUUGUGGCAUACUCGAGACAAAAGUGUCUCUUCUUGGCAGCAGUGAGCUAACUGCAAUGUGCUGAGUAGCUUUAAUAACCACUUCCACCCGAUAUACACGUACAAGCAGCGCACAAGUUCAUAAGGUAUAAACCCUUGGUUAUUUUCUCUGUCCUGCUCCUGUCAGAAGGAAGCUCAGUCUUUCUUUCCAGCAUUCUAGUUAUGCAAUUUGGUUCUUCCUGUAACUUGUUACCUUACUGCCAUAACAUGCUGUUUUGAAGCCUCAGUUCUGCAUGUAGCUGGGAGUUUGAGAAUUGUUUUGGUUUUGGUUCUUCUGGAUUUUUUUCCCCUCAAAUCUGUGAUUUUCUUAUUUCUACACUGUUUUGGCACAUCUAAGUUAAACUGAAGCAAUAGUAUAAAGCCCAUGUGAACAAUAACUUAGGAAAAAAUCUAGGCACCAAUGAGUCAUUUAAAUGUUGAAGUGAAUUCUGCAUUUGCUCUUUGUAGCUUCUUAAUUCCUCAACCUUUCCAAAAUGUUUCUUUGGUGCUAGAUGUAACUUAUUGAACAUCAAAAUGAAUGUAAAAUAAAGUAUUUUUAAUGUAUGCAAUAUGGAUAUCAAUAUUUAUUUUGUACUUGCAAGCUAACUCAAGGUGGUAAACGUUUGCUUCAGCAAAUACUAGUCCCUUGGAAAGGGCUUCCCUAGAAGCAAUGUCUCAUUGUCAGCUAUGCUUUUAAUUUUAAAGGUAACUUGCACUAGAGGAUGCUGCUGUUCCAUAUUUCACAUGGAACUGAUUUAGUCUAAGCAUUCCUCUGUUAUGAGCUGCUGGUUUUCUGUUUGAUUGCUUAUAAAUUGAGAUGCAGUUAAUGUUAAUCCAGCAAUUUACUACAGCUAUGCUGCUUGUCUUCUAUGAUGAAGGGGCUGAGAUGGCAAAGAGCUCUUUCAGCUUGUAUUUUGUGUUGAUCUGGAAGUGCUUCCUGUACUGUACAAAUAACCCAGCCUUCAUGUUGCUAAUGACAAGGUGUUUUACAUGCUUAAUGCUCUUAACUUUUCUAAUUAAAGUUAUUACUAAUGAUA